CCUCUUUCGCUCUGCACAAGUUCCACCUACUCUCAUGAGCGAUUAGGGAAUUUUCUGUCGACUCUAACGAGGAGCGUAAUGUUUUCGCUUUAACUGAACUCACUUACGGUGCUAAGUUGAUGGUGGUGAAACGGUCUCCAGCUUGGAAUAUUGAUGUAAGACGAAACAUUUUCGGCAGACUACACUGGUGCUUAACUGUCAGCUGGUCCAUGCCAUGCCUGGUGGACGGCGGGGCCCAAGUCGGCAGCAGCUGAGCCGCUCAGCAUUGCCAUCUCUGCAGACCAUUGUGGGUGGGAGCUGUGGGAAUGGCACCGGGAUGAGGAACAGGAAUGGUGGUGCCAUUGGUCUGUCUGCGCCACCUAUUACUGCUUUGAUUACCCCUGAACCUGUCCGUCACUGCCGUAUUCCUGACCUGCCAUCUGAUGGAUGCCUUGUCUUUGAGCUGCUUUUCUUCAUCUACUUGUUGAUGGCCCUUCUUGUUCAGUACAUUAACAUAUACAAAACAGUCUGGUGGUUUCCAUACCUUCACCCUGCUGCUUCUACCUCACUGAACUUUCAUCUGAUUGAUUAUCACUUGGCAGCAUUUAUUACAAUAAUGCUGGCCCGAAGAUUGGUGUGGACCCUCAUUUCAGAGGCAUCUCAAACCAGUGCAACUUCUGUGGUGCGGUACACUUUGGUGAUAAUGGCUCGUUUGGUACUUCUCACGAUGUGUGGCUGGAUUUUAUGCUGGACACUUGUCAACCUUUUUAGAAAUCAUUCUGUGCUAAAUCUCCUGUUCCUAGGAUAUCCAUUUGGUGUUUACGUGCCACUGUGUUGUUUCCACCAAGAAAAUCGGAUUCAAGCAUUACCAGCGGAUUGUGGUUUUCUACUAAAUGGCCAGCUAGAAACGGGUGUUAUCAGGCCAAAGGACUUCUUCACGCUCCUCCGAGAGUCAUUCAGAGAACAAUUUAAUAAUCCAACUUCUAUCCCUGCCCAUACUUGCCCACUCUCCCCAGAUCUUAUUCGAAAUGAGGUUGAAUGUUUGAAAAUAGAUUUCAAUAAAAGGAUAAAAGAAGUCCUCUUCAAUUCACUAUUUAGUGCCUACUAUGUAGCAUUUUUGCCUCUUUGUUUUGUUAAGAGUACACAGUACUACGAUAUGCGAUGGUCCUGUGAGCAUCUCAUCAUGGUUUGGGUAAAUGCCUUUGUUAUGUUAAUGAGUCAACUACUGCCUCCCAGGUAUUGUGAUCUUCUUCAUAAAUCAGCUGCUCACCUGGGAAAAUGGCAGAAAAUGGAACACGGUUCUUACAGUAACACACCACAACACAUAUGGUCUGAAACAACAAUUUGGCCACAAGGUGUGCUGGUUCGACACAAUCGAUGCCUUUAUAAAGCUGUAGGACCCUAUAAUGUAGCAGUGCCUUCAGAUGUUUCACAUGCCAGAUUUUAUUUUUUAUUCCAUAAGCCGUUACGGAUCCUGAAUCUUCUCAUCCUUAUAGAAGGCAGUGUGGUACUAUAUCAACUAUACUCUCUGCUUCGGUCAGAAAAAUGGAACCAUAUACUUUCCUUGGCUUUAAUACUGUUUUGUAAUUACUAUGUCUUAUUUAAACUGUUAAGGGAUCGGAUUGUGCUUGGCAAAGCGUAUGCUUAUCCUCUGGGCACCAUUGGACUGAAAUCUCAUUAGGCAGCCUAAAAUAGGAUGGGAGGGAUCGGGGAAAAGGAUUUAAAGAAAUUAUUUUGAUACUGUUUCUAUUUUUCAUGCAGUGUUUAAAUAUUUAAAAUAUUUUAUAUUUUGUAUACAUGGAUAUUUUUAAGAGCUAUUCUUUGCAUAUGCCAGUUGUAUUUUUGUCUACUUAGCAACUUCACGCUAAGUGUGUGCUUUGCUCCAUAUGACAAGUGCCAUUUAUAAUCGCAAUAAUCAAAGUGUAUUGAUCAGAGGAAUAAAGGAUAAUAUGAGAAAUCUAUUCUUUUAUGUUGUCACCUUGAGGUCAUUUUAAGCUAUUACUGUCUAAACAUGUGAAUGGAACUUGUGUUCAUAGUAAAUGAUUACAUUUAUUGAUGUUCAAAUAUGAACUUGUUUAAUAUAUAGGGGUUUACAAUGGUGUCUGUGAAUAAAAUACAUUCUUCAGUUAUUGUUUACAUGAUACCACCUCUUCAAAGACAAAUGUAUCAAUAAAUAUGAACAUUCCCAAUUUGCCUUCUGUAUCCAUUAAAUGGUUGGAUUUUUUUUGCUGGUAAUGAAUGCAAAAGGGGUAAAAUGCUUGCAUUAUGUAAUGCUGCUAGUUUUAAUAUUAAAUAUUUUUGAAAAUAAAUAACUAAACCAGACAAAUUAAUUCUCUCCUGCUGGAUUCUCCAGUCGAGCCUCCAUUUGAAGAUGAAUUGCACUUCUCCAUAAGAUGUGGUAAAGCAAGAUGGAGUUAAAAUUUGUUUCUAAAGCUGCCAAUAAAGAGCAGAUAAAAUAAGAUCUAAAUUCCAUUCAUGUUAUAGGCUUUUGCCAGUGUAACCGUGUUUAAAAGUUGAAAAAUAAUUGAGCAUUGCUUUAGAGAAUUUAUGAA